UAUUAUCUAAAUCUCUCUUCCUACUUAGUUUCCGUUUCUCUUCGUUUCCCAAACUUUCUUAACUCUCUUUUCAUAACCCAGAACUAUUUAAUUGACCCUCAGUUAAUUUCUCCUUCACUCCCUAGUCGACUAGUCCGUUGGGUCGGCCAUUGAUAUUUUUAUUUGCAGUACGACUUAUUCUUUUUAUCAUAGAGUGGACCGGCCGAGUCUAACUAUUGUGUAAGUAAAUGGAGGCCCAAUUAUGUAUUCAAGAGUUUAAUCUAUAUCCUAUCCAAAAAGAUAUAGAUUAAGAAUUUGUUAGAAGUCGUAUUUGAAAAAGUAAAUAAGUGAUUCGUAAAAGUUACUGUUAAUUAGAGAGACUGGAGCAGAUGCUCUUAGCAAGGGAAAGUGAAAGUUUAGAGAUCGAGAGAGAAUUUUGACGCAAAGAAAGUUUAGGAGUCUAGAGUGAUUUUCUAGAGAGAGAAGAUGAGUUCAUUUGAAAAAGUGAAAGUUUUCAUUUGCAGGAGGGGGAGAGAGAGAGAUUUCAAGUUUAUUAGUAAGGAAAAGUAAAAGAUUUGAGCUGAAUUUUUGGUCUGAUUGGUUUAUGGUUUGAAAUGAGUGCCGAGUUCGGGAAAAUCAUCGGUAUUGGAGAGUAUUGUAGGGCUUGACUUUCUUCCAAGAGGAUCAGGGAUUGGCACAGGCGGCCUUUGGUGUUGCAGCUUCACAAGAUGGAUGAAGGAACGCAAGAGUAUGUCGACUUCCUUCACAUCCUGAGGAGGAAAUUCUCUGAUUUUGUUGUCAACUUAUCCCUGAUUGAUCUACCGGGUUUCACAAAAGUUGUUGUUGAGGGACAACCUGAAAGUAUUGUUGAAGAUAUUGAAAAUAUGGUUCGAACUUAUAUUGAGAAGCCUAAUUGUAUCAUACUCGCAAUAUCGUCAGCCAAUCAAGAUGUUGCGACAUCAGAUGCUAUCAAACUUGCUAGGGAAGUGGAUGCUACUGGAGAGAGGACAUUUGGUGUGUUGACAAAGUUGGAUUCGAUGGACAAAGGAACUAAUGCAUUGGAUGUUAUUGAAGGAAGAUCGUAUCGUUUGCAUCAUCCUUGGGUUGGAAUUGUUAACCGUUCCCAGGCUGACAUCAAUAAAAAUGUUGACAUAUUAGUUGCGAGGUGCAAGGAGUGGGAGUACUUUGCAACCAGUCCUGACUCUGGACACUUAGCCAGUAAAAUGGGUUCAGAGUGUCUUGCAAAACUUCUCUCAAAGCACCUGGAGUCUGUAAUUUGGGCUCAGAUUUCAAGUAUAACAUCUCUAAUUAAUAAAAGCAUUGAGGAACUUGAGUCGGAGAUGGAUCAUCAUGGUAGACCUAUUGCCGUUGAUGCUGGGGACCAUUUGUACACUAUCUUGGAACUUUGCCAUGCAUUCGACCGGAUUUUCAAGGUGGCCUGGAGGUGAUCAAAUUUAUGGAGUCUUUGACAACCACUGCUUUAAGGAAGCUUCCAUUUGAUAGGCAUCUUUCAAGGGCCUGACCACCACCACCAGCUGCUUGAGGGACCCCUGAGCAAGGUUACUGGCGCCUAAUUGAGGGAUCACUCAGCUAUUUUAGAGGUCCCACUGAAGCUUCUGUGGAUGCUAUAAGUUGUCAUGUUUUUCGUACUUUUUGUUUGUCAAGUUUCUUCUGGAAUGCAUUUCCAAGACUGCAGUAAGUAGUCAGAAUCAAAUUGGUAAAACUGAUCUAGCUCUUGUAGUGUAGGUUCACUUUGUUUUAAAAGAACUCAUGAGGAAACCAAAAGCGGAAACUCAGGUGAAUUUUCAGUGAAACUUAUGAUUAGUAUUAUUUCCUUUAUUUAAGUAUUGAUGUUUAUUCAAUGAGAAAUAGGAUUUAUAUUGAUGUUUAUGACCAUAUAAGAGUUGAAGCGCUUUCCAACUCUACAAGCUGAAAUAGCUGCUGCUGCUGGUGAGAGGCCCUUGAAAGGUUCCGUGAAGAAAGUAAGACGACAGUUGUUCUAUUAUUGGACAUGGAAUCUUCAUAUUUGACUGGAUUUCUUAGAAGACUACCCCAAGAGGUGGAGAAGGGAGGAAACCCGGCAGGGCCAGUCGGCACACCUAUAGACCGGUACACAAAGGGGCACUGUAGGAGGAUAGGCUCAAAUGUGUCCUCUUUUAUGUGGGCAUGGUGUCCGAGACACUUAAGACCACAAUUCCCAAGGCUGUAAUCAUUGCUAGAUAUUAGAUGUUGUAUUGAUUAAACUCUAUGAUACAAAUAACAUGCCUUUAUUUCAAGCUAAGCAGCC